CGCGUUUGCGUAGCAGAAUGUGUGUGUGAGAGCGUACGCGAAGAAGGUGAAGUCCGCGCUGGGCAAACGUGCACGUUUUUAACUCCCUGAUGUGACCUGCCACUUGGAUUUUGACCCAGAUCAGUGAUAUGUAAUCACCUCUUCACCGCACACUCACUUUCAGACCAACUAUUGAAGAAGUGACGACCGUGGAUCGAUCAGCGGGGGUUUGUUGGAGGCGAAGAAGCCGCGCCGAGGCGCUUUGAGGUCGUUAAAGUCACCAGUAACGAGCGCGCCUCGCACCCUCCGCAUGAGCACCACACGGACAUUAACACUGCUGCCCAGUCCGGUGCAUCCCGGAGAGCAUGAGCCGAGAUGAGCCAGAGAGACACGCUGGUGCAUCUGUUUGCUGGAGGAUGUGGAGGCACGGUGGGUGCGAUCCUGACCUGUCCGUUAGAGGUGGUGAAGACGAGGCUUCAGUCUUCCUCAAUAACACUUUGCAUCUCUGAGGUGCAUCUGAGCACAGUUAAUGGAGCCAGCGUGGCACGUGUGGCUCCUCCGGGGCCCCUACAUUGCCUCAGAUUAAUUCUUGAGAAGGAAGGGCCUCGUUCUUUAUUUCGGGGCCUGGGGCCCAAUCUAAUUGGAGUGGCUCCUUCACGGGCCAUCUACUUCGCCGCCUAUUCCAGCUCAAAGGAGAGACUGAACUGUGUGUUUGAACCAGACUCCACACAGGUGCACAUGACGUCUGCUGGAAUUGCAGGGUUCACGGCCAUAACAGCAACCAACCCGAUUUGGUUGAUUAAGACGCGUCUACAGUUGGACGCCAGGAAGCGCGGGGAGCGUCGCAUGAAUGCUUUCGAGUGUGUGCGGCGUGUGUAUCAGACGGAUGGGCUACGUGGGUUUUACCGCGGCAUGUCUGCGUCUUAUGCAGGCAUCUCAGAGACCGUGAUUCACUUUGUGAUCUAUGAAAGCAUAAAACGGCGUCUUUUAGAGGCCAAAGCAGCAACGCACAUGGAUGGGGCUGAGGACACCGCCAAAGACGCGUCGGACUUCGUGGGCAUGAUGCUGGCAGCCGCCACUUCCAAGACCUGCGCCACCUCCAUAGCCUAUCCACACGAGGUACUCCGUACACGGCUAAGGGAAGAAGGUACCAAGUACCGCUCGUUCUUCCAGAGUCUCAGCCUGGUGAUUAGAGAGGAAAGCUAUCGAGCUCUUUACCGAGGACUCACCACACAUCUGGUCAGACAGAUCCCCAAUACGGCCGUCAUGAUGUGCACCUACGAGUUCGUCGUCUACCUGCUCGAAGGCUAAACUUUGACUUGAGGUGCCUCUGUAUUCAUGGACGAAGAGUUCUGUGCUUUCAUUCACAAUUUGGGAGUGUCUUCUGAGAGGAUGGUGUUGGGAGAAAAAGGGGAAAUGACUAAAAAGGUGGUGUCUAGAAAGCAAUGUUCUUGGUUUUUCUUAACUUUCUGUCUUUUAAUGUUCUUUAAAAUGAUGCUGCUUCUAAAAAGCCUUGCCAGUCCGUUCACCUUUAGCCUCCUCAGAGUGUUUGUCCCUCUCAAACAGCACCUCACAUCAGAUAGAUCUUGUAUGUGGAUUCCGCAGGUUAUUUCUGUCAGAGAAGCUGUUCUAAUGUUGGCAGGUCAUUGAGGGGUUUGUCCGGCCCGUUGCUGUGCUGUAAUGGUGAUCAAAGCUUCACUGGAUUUUCUCAAGCUUUGAGCUGGAAAGGAAUUGGAGAGGAUUCAAACUGAGGCUUGCUUCCUGUCUAGGAACAGCCAAUCGGGGUGCGCUUACACCAUGCAAUGCAAAAGCAAAAAGAUCUUACUUGGAUGCAUAUACCUGAGACUGUGUGCACACAUGAAUGCAAAAAAAGAUGUCUAAGAGUGAGUUUAAUUGUUUGGACACUGCAGGUGGUUGUGUGCUAAUCUCAGAGUGUCAUAUUUGUGUUUGCUGCCCAUAUUUGACCUUAAUACAUGAAUGUAACAAUCAUUGCAGCCAAAAUAGGUUGUUAGCACAAAAAUACUUUAAUAAAUAUAUGUACUCUGCAGGAAAAUUACUAAUGAAAGAAGGAAUAAUCAUUCAAAAUUGA